AUGGGUGUCUUCAAGUGCCAGGGGUACAAGUACGAUUGUAGCGCGCGGAACCAGGUGGUGGAUGCAAAUCCGGAUAUCGCUGGUGUGGGCGUCAUCGUCGGCUUCCUCGCAACAACAUGCCUCGCCUUCCUCGUCACCCUCUCCGUCCUCUUCCUCGACCGCUACAACAGCUUCAUCGCCCUCAUCACAAAAACCCACUAUGCCCACGACGAGCGCGGUCCCUACUGGCGCUCGCCCGCCUUCUGGUCGCGCGUCCUCUCACGAAACCUCCUCGCGCUCGCAGACACGCAGAUCAUGACGGGCCUCGCCGUCCAAUUCACCGCCAUCCUCAAGCACUGCGAGCUUUCCAUCUACCACUUCCAGAUCGUGACGGAGCUGGCGUUCCUGACGACGGUUACACACUUGCUAACGCUCGUUACGCUGAGAAACUACUUCGUUCAGAAUAAGUGGAUUAACCUCCCAAGGAUAUUCUUCAUGGCGGGGAACUUGGGGCUGCUCGGGUAUACGAGCUACAUAUCGUACACGUACGACCUCGCUGGAUUGGACCUCAGCUCGCGACUAGCGUGCUUCUACCAAGGGACCAGGCCCGAGUUCGAACGCGCGUUUCAGACAAAGUGGGCGUUGUUGUUGGUCGGGGCGAUAGGCGGGCACACGGCUGUUAUCCUGGCUAUGUACGUGCUGCCCGAGACGCCCGAGGGGACGGCGUGGACGAAGGCGAAGAGGUUUGGCGCGGGGUUUAGGACGUGGGUUCUUACGCCUGUGUAUGCUAUCUACGGCGUCUACAUGGCCGCCACCAUGCUCAGCGAUACUCAAGCCCUCGGCAACCCCAGCGUGCGCAUGAACGGUACCGAAAAUGAAUGGGGCUUCGGGCAAUUCCUCCCCGUGCUCCUACUUGCGCUACCCGUCUUCGCGGGGUGGGAAUCUUUCUGGGAGGAAAAGGACGACAAAGAUAAGGAGGUGGAUCGGUUCGGGCGAAAGAACGUCCGCGCGAGCAGGAGUAAUGCGGGGCUAUUGGACGCGGAGAAGGGCACUGCGUUUGGUGAGCAUCAGUUCGCUGCCGACACCUGGGCUGGUUGUACCGAGUCCAACGGCAAGUCCAAGGUUAGGUGCUGUCUCGGGUGGAGAGAGGAGACCGAGGACGCCGAGUCGAUUUGA